AUGUCCGCCAUUUUAUUCUUGAAAAUAAAGCACAAGAGCAACCUACAAAUACAUAUAUCAUAUAUAAUACAAGCGAUAAAUGAAACAGAACUUUGUGAAGAUACCAUCCCUCUCGCUGCAAAGCCUAAGACACUGGCAUUUGCAGCCAUUAAUUUAAGACUUUUCAAACAAGAAAUAAGCCAACAAAAUUUUGAGAAACGCAAAAAAAAUAUUUCGGUGAUUAUGAGUCCUCUUUUGUUGCCCAUAGGAAGAAGGGUAUCAGAAAACAAAUCAGACAACAGAAUAGAAAAACAAAUCUAA